CGUCAAGAUCAGCCCAGCAACAGCGAUCUGGGGACAUACAAACACGCACUCACACGCAAGCCCACGCGCUCACACGCACACAGACCGAGGAACUUCCCGGUGGUUGUGUACGAGAGAUCAACGUGGAAGGAACAGAGCAGAACACGACAGGAGAAGAGUUACUUUGAAAGCAUUUAUAUGGACCCUGUUGUGGCCGGGGGUGACUUUACCCGGUCAGUCACACAGCCACACACACACACACACGCACAGUGACUCUCUCUCGCUCUCGCUCUCACUCGCUCGCUCAGUCUUUUCUCUUUGAGGAGAGGGAGGAGUGUUUGAUUUGCCGUUUAAAGUUUGGAGGCUGGCGGUGGGAAACCCGAAGCCAGAACGUCAAACGACCAACAGUCCCAGGAGACAGAAACAAUCUCGUGUAGAGACAGACCCACACCCUCCCACAGGUCCCAUUGUGUGUUAUUGCCGGGUUAUUAUAACACAAUGAACACAACGGUUUCCACAACCACCCCACCAGGUGUACAGGAUCAACUCACAACCCCAUGGUCUGACACUGAGCACAUCAACACUGUGAUUAUUGGAGCUGUGAUCACGAUCUUGGUAGUCAGUAUCCUGUGCUUGGCUGGGCUGGUGUGCAGAUACAUGCACCACCAGAAAGGCAGUUACAUCACCUACGAGCACUCUUCAGAGGAGGACGUCACCUCGCUUAGAAUCAAGGAGAUCCCGAGGGAAGAGAAGAUGGAGUAUUUCAUGUGACUCGAGGCCUUCUCCGCAACAGCCCGGCUUAGCGUUAAAAUGUAUUAAGAUGCGCCCGGCACAAGCUCGGAUGCAAACAUGCAAAGGAUGUAUUUGUUUCCUGUAGUGGUCAGUGGUCAGAGCCCUCGGCUCGCAAGCGAGAGGACCUGGGUUCCACUCCCUUAAU